AUGUCUCGCCCAAACAUCAACGCGCCAAUACCCUCAUACGAAGAAGCCGUCGUCGCGCCUCCGCCCACCACAAUACCACACCCUCCUUCCGAACCCGCCGCUGGCGAACAACCUGCUGUCGACACAGAGCCAACAGCCACCAUCGUACCAGCAUCGCCUCCGCCCGAGUUACCUCCCGCAUACGCCACCGUCGACGAGAAGGCCACGACCUUCACCAUCUACGGCACCUUCAUCCACACACCCAACGCGCCCGCCUACCAACUCUCCUCCCUCCUCGAUGCGCGAAUCAACAAGCUGCGGAUACGGAGGCUGAAAGCCGAAGAGAUCACGUUCCUCCAAUCCGGCGCACCGACCGUCGCCUUCGACAGCAGCAGCGUCCUAUACGAAGCCCACGACCCGCCCUUCCUCAUCAACGAAUACUACAUCCAAGGCAAAGCGGGGAGCACACUACCCGGCGCUUUACAACUGCGGUUCGGUCUGCGCCGAUGGCAUGUCGUGCAUAUGCCGACGCAGGGCAGUCGGCCGAAUGAGAUUAUGACUUGUGGCAAGCCAGGGGGAUUUACAAAGGCGCUUAAGCAGAGGAAGAACGAGCUGGAACCUAGUCAGUGGAAAGACAGCGAAGGCCAUGUCGUUGCGACAGAGGUGUUGAAGAUGGGGCCUGGAGGGAAGAUGCCGACGAUAGAGCUGAGGCAUGAUCUAGACCAGACAUGUCGGGAGUUGAUAUUGGCGCUUUGGGUGGCUCGGCUGUGGGCGGCUUUUGGGGCGGGAAGCGGAUAUGCGCAUUGA